AUGAAUGUCCAGAUAUUCCAGAGACAGAGAACAGAGAACUGCCAGAUCCUGGAUGGGGAGACCUGGCUGGGCUGGGAGUGGGUGGUGGCUGCUGGCUGGGGGGGGUGGUGGCUGGUGGAGCUGUGUGCCUCCUUCAGAGACCUGCUGGCCUUCUUCUGCUCCAAUGCCACCAACCAUGGCAUGGUCUGCCUGGUCUGCUCCUGCUGGAGCCAUCUCAAGACUACCUCCUGGGGGCUGCUGCUUCUGGGCACCCUGGGGGUGCUCUGCUGGCAGCUUGGGCUCCUGCUGGAGCAGUACUGGCACUACCCAGUCAUCAUGACAGUGUCCGUGCACUCAGAAUGCAAGCUUCUUCCCUCAGUCACCCUGUGCGACAUGAACUCACCCCAGAAUGCCCUAGGGGAUAACAUGGGGGGCCCUGGGACAGUGGCUCUGAUACGAUGUGCCCCCAAGCCGAGCCCUACUGCGUGCCAUCUGGAGGUGCUGGACACUUUUGCCCAGGAGAACAUCUACUCCCUAUACAAGUACAACUUCACCCAGGGCAGCAAUGUCCCCCCUGCCAGUGUUUCUGGCCCCAAGCCCCCCAUCCAGCUCCAUGGGAUCCAUCUGCCAGUGGAUGAGGCACCUGAGUGGUACCGCUUCCACUACAUGGACGUCCUGGCCCUACUGCCCACUGCCUGGGAGGAUGGCCAGCACAGCAAUCGUGGCCACAUCAUCUUGUCUUGCCACUAUGACAGCAAGGACUGCCAGGUCUGGCACUUCCAGAUGUCCCACCACCCCACCAACGGCCGCUGCCACACCUUGAAGGGUGUGUGGGCCGCACAGCACCCAGGUAUCACCCACGGUAUCAGUCUGGUCCUCAGGACUGAGCUGCAGCAGUAUCUCACGCUGCUGUCCACCCAGGCUGGUAUCAAGGUCAUGGUUCAUGGGCACAACCACACGCUCUUAUUAGAGCACCAGGAUUUCAGUAUCUGGCCAGGGAUGGAGACCACAGUUGACAUCCAAGAGGCGGGCAUGCUGCUGCAUGGUGUGACCACUGUACUGUACCACACCUCCUACACCAGGCUGGUGAUCCUGCCUUCCUUCCAGAAACUGAUAGUGGAGACCUGCUCGUGCGCCUACCACCUCUACCCACUGCCUGCGAGGGCUCAGUCCUGCAGCCACGAAGCACCCAGUCUGGGUCACUGCUUCUACCACCUCCUCCAGGACCUGGAAACAUACUAGCUGUCACGCGCCUCCUGCUGUCCCAGGUCCUGCAGGGAGUCUUCAUACAAGCUCUCUGCGGGGACCUCUAGGUGGCCUUCAGCCAAGUCUGUUGUGAGCGGCCAGGGCAUGGUGGGGAUGGGUUCAGCAGGUUCCUGGGUAGUCCCUGCCCUCACACCUGCCUGCAGUGCCCUCUGGAGAGGGGAGCAGUCGCUGUGCUUGGCAAGUGGGGCCUGUAGAGCUGGAGCCACAGCCACAGCCGCCGGUGAGUGCACCCCUUCCUCCAGGGGUAGCACUGUGGCCAGGGUGAAUAUCUUCUACCAGGAACUCAACUACCAAAUGGUGGGUGAGGCACCCGUGUACUCUAUUCCCCAGCUGCUCUCAGCCAUGGGCAGCCUCUGGAGCCUGUGGUUUGGCUCAUCAGUCCUCUCUGUUCUUGAACUGCUGGAGUUGCUGCUGGACACCAUGGCCCUAGCCUUCCUGCUGGGCCUCUAUCGGCUCUGCAGAGCAUGGGUGUCCCAGCCUGGGGCCAGCACUGCCUCGGGGCCAGCCCAUACCAGUAUUGAAGCCCGGGGACUGCAGGCAUACCUGCAAAGUUCCAGAGGGAACAGCUGUGUUUCACUUUUACACAGUGUCCCAGGAGCACUGGAAGGAGUUUUGGCAGAAGACAUAGGCUGAGCUCUUGUCCCUUGACCCUCCUGACACCUGAACCAGCCCUGGGGCAUCUGACCCCUAGGCCUGACCCUGUGGGAGAGUGGGCUCCCCUGGAUGUCCAAGAUGGGCUAGACUGGCCCACCUGGUUGGGUCUACCCAACAGUUCACAAAGACUUGAGUCUGUGGGCAUGCAGAUACAUCAGGGCUUCCCUUUGCCCACCCACCAGUGAUUUCUUGGGUCUGGAGCAGGUCGAGGGCAGAGAGGAGGGGAGGUCCCCUCCUAUCUAGAUUCCUGAGUUCCGGGUAUGAUUGUGUGCAUGCUUGUGUGUGGGCAGAAGUGCCUUUCCAUAGUGGUGCAUCUGGUGUCCUGUCUGUGCACUUCUGGGUGUCUGCACUUCUGUCUACAUCUGUGUGUUGGUGUGUGUGCAUGUCAGGCAGAGCCUGCCUCGGCUUCAGGGCAGCCUCGGGCCAGGCAGGAAGCAGGGCAGGACCAAGGCAAGGUUUGUAAUAAAAUCAGUGAUUCACAGUGGCCAGAGUGUGUGUGUGUGUGUGUGUGUGUGUGUGUGUGGCUCUCCUCUUACCCAUGCUGGGGUGAGCUGCAGAUCUCAGAUCACACCCCAACACUUCCUUGGAACAGACCACAGCAGUCACACUAUGGGGGCCGGAGAGACACUAUAUAGGACCAGGCCCAAGCCAUCCUUACUGGCUGAGUACACCCACCCCUGCUACCACCAGGGGUCACCAGCUAAGCUAGAGGAAGUUAGAGAGGCCAGGGAAUGGGGGCUGGGGAUGCCAGAAGUCCUUGGUCCCCCAUCAGGCCCCUGGCCUUUGGAAAAGGGACACUGGAGGGACCCUGCUCAAAGCUGCUGCUCAAGGAGGGCAGAGGACCCAUUCACAUCCCCAGAUGAGACAGAGCAGUGCAAGGCAGUGAGCCAAUGAGCAGGCAGUGGGCGCAAGCGGCAGAGGUUUAUUAACCGUGAGUGAUUGGAA